AUGAAUAUUAAAUAAUUGUUCGAACUUUAAGAAUAAGAUGCUGACAAAUUACCAAUGUUAUUACAAACCUUAUCGCAUUCCAAGCAUGAAGGUCAUGUGCUUAAAGCAAUAAAUAUAAUUCAAUAAUUCAAUCACACUUUUAAUCCUGUAAUCAUUUUCAUCUUAUAUUUUAGAAUCAAUAACUUAGUAUCAUAGACUUUAUCAACACCAUUAAAAAAGAAUACGAUAUUGCCAUUGACAUCAAAUUGAUAUCUACAUUGCUUCACAUUAUUGAUAUUACUUGGAUGCACAAUUCUACUAAAGUAUUUAUUUUAAAUAUUCCUUAAAAAAAGCUUUUCAAUUUAUUUUUAACGUACACCGUAUCAGAUGAUUCCAUAAUCUAAUAAUCUGCAAUCUAAGGCAUGCUCCUUAUUGUAUCACUUAUCAAAGAAGAUUAAUUCUUAGAAUAUUUGGAAAUCUUUUUCUAAAUCCUUUAGGAUAAAUAAUAAGCCUAAAUAAACAGCAGUCUCAAUCCUAUUCUUUGUAAUUGACUUUUUAAUUUAGGCAAGGAUAUCUUUAUUAUUCUCCUCAAAAAUGGUAGAACACUCAAAACUUCACAAUUUUAUACAACUAAGC